UAGAAGCAUUCAUUAAUGGAGACCAUAUUAGGUAUGUUACAAAGUCAAACCUCACGAAGUCGUAGUCGUUCAUCGUCUACCGACUCUACCGAUCCCACAGGCUCAUGAUAUUGGAACAAGGUACGAUGCGAUUAUUAUAUAAUAUUCUCAACACAGCAACUAGUCAUUGUCUUCUCGUUCUAGAAGUAGAAAGCCGACGGCGACUCUGGCAGAUAUUUUAUGAAUUAUUUGGGGAGACAUUGAUACUGUAGCAGGAGUGCUCAUACGAUGUGAUAUAGUAUAUUUUAAGAUUAAGAGAAUAAGAGUGGGUUAGAGCCUAGAGGUUUGGUAUAUAAAAAAUAAUAAAAGAAUUUAAAAAGGAAUUAUUUUUGUCUCUGAUCGAUGAAAGGCAGCUUGGGCUCGUCAAUUCUGAAUCUUGACUCUUCAAAGUUGCGAGAUUUCCAAGUUUCCAUGGCCUGCAACAGUCAGUGAUGAGAAACUUGACAGCUUGAGGAAACUUCGUAGCAUGGAGCAAGGCAGCUGGGUAUAAAAUGCCAAUCUUUUAAGUUUUGACCCCAAAGAUUCGUUUUUUAUUUGUACCCAUCUAUCGAUCAGCUGGUUCUGUGUGUUUUUUGUGAAAUGGGUUCGUUGGAAAUGAAGAGUGAAUCAGACCUCACUGUAAAAGAGGAAGUGGGAGACGGAAAAUCUGAGAUGGGUAUGGAUGAAAAGGAGAAGAACAGCGCUGGGAAUACUGUGAAGAAGUGGAGGUUCAAGAAGAGGUACUAUUUGUUCCCGUGCAUGAGAUUGGAUGAUGAAGUGCCGACGGUGGAACGAUCCGCCGGCGACGGGGGCUUCCAGGUGGAGGCUACUGAAAAACAUAAAAAAUCCACUCACCUGGUUGUUAUGGUCAAUGGCAUUAUUGGCAGUGCUGAGAAUUGGAAAUUUCCUGCCAAGCAAUUUGUGAAGGCCUAUCCACAAGAUGUCAUAGUUCACUGCAGUGAAUCAAAUUCUUCAACAUUGACAUUUGAUGGUGUUGAUGUAAUGGGGAAGAGAUUAGCUGAAGAGGUUACAUCUGUAGUACAACGGUAUCCAAAUCUUCAAAAGAUUUCUUUUAUUGGUCACUCACUUGGUGGCCUGAUAUCAAGAUAUGCGAUUGCCACGCUAUAUGGAAAAGGGUGUGCGGGAAGGCCCAGCAAAGAAAACGGAGAUUGUGAAUUAAAUGAAUCACCCAGCAAAGAAAAUGGAGAUUGUGAAUUAAAUGAAUCUAAUAAUGAUUUGCAUUCAGAAGAUUUAUUGAAAGGAAAAAUUGCUGGACUGGAACCGGUGAAUUUCAUAACCAUUGCAACACCUCAUCUCGGUUCAAGAGGGCACAAACAGGUCCCUGCCUUCUGUGGACUUUACUCCCUCGAGAAUGUUAUAUCCCGUGCAGCAGGGAUACUUGGAAGAACGGGAAGGCAUCUGUUUUUGACUGACCAUGAUAAUGGAAAACCUCCUCUUCUGUUACAGAUGACCAGUGAUUCUGAAGAUCUACCAUUCAUAUCUGCUUUGGAAUCAUUCAGGCGUCGUGUGGCCUAUGCAAAUAUACAUUUCGACCAUAUAGUUGGGUGGAGUACAUCAUCAAUACGGCCCAGAAAUGAACUUCCAAAGCGUAAGAAUCUCAAAAGAGUGGAGAAGUACCCGCAUAUUGUGAAUUUAGAACCAGUAAAGACUCCUACCUCUCAAGAACAAGGCUCCGAGAAGACCACAAGUAGAGCACACAAAGCUCGUGAUAUGGAAGAGGCCAUGAUCAAAGGCUUAACAAAACUGAGCUGGGAGCGUAUAGAUGUUAGCUUCCGUGGAAGUAAACAAAGAUACUUUGCACAUAACACGAUUCAGGUACAAAAGUAUUGCAUUAAUUCUGAUGGAGCUGACGUUAUACAACACAUGAUCGACAAUUUUGUACUAUAAGUCACGGGAUUAGUUUAAUUAUUUCAAAACAUAAUCGAGGUAUAUGCACAGGUUCUUGUACUAAGAAUAUAAGAAGAAAAGUUAGUCAGUAAAAUGUAAAAAUGCAUACAGAACCCUGAGUUUAGCUUUACAAUCUGUUAUGCAUGUAGUCUUAUCUAAAACAGCAAGAUAUAUCUUAUCUAGUUUCAUACAUCCAAAGAAAAGCUUAUAACAGUACAUCCAAAUGAACUACAAUUCUUCUGGGUAAUCUUGAGUGCUUCACAGUGAAUAAUUGAAGCAUAAAAGAGGUUUUUUUUUUUUUGAGAUUUGAAUGGUAGUGGGAAUCCAGUUCAGCCAAGCCCCACUGGUCUCAAAAAGCUGAUGAAUAGCAGGUAAGCUAAAUCAGGGUCAGGUAAGAUUUGGUCCUACUUGCUUUUGCCUUAAUGCAAAGAUAGAUGGAACAACUUUUCCCUAAAAAGUUUAAAAAUUUCUUGAUUAACUGAAAUUAGUUGCUACAGAAUACUAAGUAGAUUACUAGAUUAAGGUUUGUUCUGAAAAUUUUGUGACAGAACAAGAUUAUCUGAAGAUUUAUGUAAAUGAUCAUGUCAGAGUGAUAUUUGAAGGAUUU